AUCUCUCAAACUCUGAAAUUCUAUUCUCUCUUUAGCUCCAUUCAAUACUUUGCAUGCGAUAUCCAUACUAUUUCUCUCUAUAAAGUCAGUUCUUGAGCAUAGAAAGAAUCCCCAUCUCCACUCGCAGAAGCAAUGUGGAUGGUACAUUCUAGUGAUUACUCAUUUGAUCGGAAACUUCGGCCUCUAAUGCCGAAGUCGACGAUCACCGCUAGCAGCAGUACAGCAUUUUCUGCAAUGCCAACUCCUUGUUGCUAUUGCAUUCACCACAACCAAACUACAGUGAAUGAUGACCGCCAAUUCAGAAAUGUAGAACCUUUAGUCAUGAGUUCAAGAUGGAAUCCAACAGCAGAUCAAUUACAGGCCCUUCAAGAAAUGUAUAGACGAGGAGUAAGAAGUCCAUCAGCCCAACAAAUCCAGCAAAUUGCUGGAAACCUUCGUCAAUUUGGUAAAAUUGAAGGGAAAAAUGUGUUUUAUUGGUUUCAAAACCACAAAGCAAGAGAGAGGCAGAAAAAACGUCGUGAACAAGAGGCAUCUUUAUCUAGAAAAAGGAAGUGCGAUGUCUUUGUGAACCCUGAAAGUGAACAUUCAGGUACACGUACGACACAACUUUGUCACAAUGAGUAGAGUAGAGUAGACUGAGUCGGGAAGCAGUUAGUCCAUGGCACAGCCUAGUAUGAAGAAUUCUACGUCGUGAAUGGUCAAGGAUGCCAGUCCUGCUACUCACAUGAAUGGUCU